AGCAUCCGGAAAGGGAAGAAAACAUCACAGUCAGCUGACUUGGCUGUGUGUUGAUGAGUAGUUUUGUGAGAGUUGUGUAGUCACUUUAGAUAUAUUAAGUAUUUUUUUUGUUAUUUUGCAUUAUCGCACGUACGUAAGUAGGUAGCCAUGUUACGACCGAAGGCGUUAACGCAGGUUCUCAGCCAAGCGAACACAAACGGAGUCCAAAGCACACUCCUACUGAAUAAUGAAGGUUCACUGCUGGCCUACUCGGGAUAUGGGGACACUGACGCACGAGUGACAGCUGCUAUUGCGAGCAACAUCUGGGCAGCCUACGACAAGAACGGCCACCAAGCCUUCAACGAAGACAAACUCAAAUUCAUACUCAUGGACUGUAUGGAGGGAAGAGUGGCCAUUACUCGUGUAGCCAACCUACUACUGUGUAUGUACGCCAAAGAGACGGUGGGCUUUGGGAUGCUUAAAGCCAAGGCAGAAGCACUGGUGCAGUACUUGGAGGAACCAUUAACCCAAGUGGCCGCAUCAUAGUGGAGAUGUGUGUGUGUGUGUUGCUUCUGUCUGCCUGGAAAACAAAGCGUCGUAUGAUCCAGGUCAUUCAUGGACUACUGUAACAUUCUGUUUGUUCACGAAGUGCAUCAUGCAUAUGUAACUAUGAAUGAGUGAGUGAGUGAAUGUGUGUGUGUUUUGAGGGUGAGGGUGUGUAUCAGUGUAUUUAUAAUCAUAGUAUUGAAACUAACAACAUGUAUGGGUUUUUUCACUCUCUGCCCUUCACUUGUGAAUCUGUUGAUUUAAUUAUCUGCUGCAAAAGUCCACACAGUUUGUCAGCCGAUUGUCUGCAUGGACAACUGCUGAAAUGAUUCCAUCAUCAAUGGUUGAUUCACUCAUUUACAGUUUUAGCUCAGACAUUCUGAUCAUAGUUUUGCAGAACAUUGAGCAUUUGGAAUCCUGUUAGUGGACGAAAUGCAUAUAAUGAGGUGUAUGGAAAGCUUAAUAUAAAUUUCUGCAGCAAAGAUUAUUUACUACUUUUAGUUUCAAAGCUAUCAAAUAAACAAUUUUUGGAUUAAUA